AUGACUACAGCGGCAACGAACCUUUUGCGCAGCCUCUGCCUGGUCGCGCUCAUGCUGCUCAGCGGCAUCUGGGCCACACUCGGCCGUCCCAAAGCCAUGUUUGACGCGCUUCUCGCUCCAUUCAGCGUGCGGCACUGGCGACGCCAUAUCCAGUAUAAAGUGGACCUCUACUACGCGAGGCUGACCAAAGACGGUCUGCAACGGCAGCUUCGAUCGGAACUCGUUGCAGAUUACGGCAACGAUGCUCUGAUUACGGCUCUGCGAGACGCGUCAAGAAGAGCGGGCGCUCUGUACCGCGGCUUUAUGAGGUUUGCCGUGACCGAUCCAUCAACGGGACGGCGUGACGUUCAGCCAGGGGCAGACGACCCGCUACUCGAUCUGGCUGACUGGACCCAAGCCGUUUCCCUCUUGGCCACAGACGCACACCAGAGCGUGGGCCGCAACCUAGAACAGCUGUCUGUAUACGGCACGACCAGAAACGGUGUCUGGCGCAGGUUUGCCAGUCUCGCAAUACAAACGACAUCCACCACGAACACCCAAGAUGCAAACGGCGGAAUCACCGACGACGUCUGGUUGCCACCGGAUGAACUGGAAAACGUCGCCGAGAUUGUGGCCACCCUGCUGCCGGUGGACAUGCCUGUCGUUGGCCCUCUGCUGUCGCAAAUUCGUCUCGACGUGCAGAAAGCAUUGGGCUGGAACGCAUCCGCCACACGGUCUUGUAACUUUGUCAUUCCGCACGACGAGAUCGCCCGUCUACUCUGUGCCAUCUUACGCGUUCGCAAGCCAGACGUCUGGUGUGAACGCCUUGGCAGUCAAAACGGGAUGGGCUUCGCCAAUGCCAGCGGUUCCAAGUAUUACGAAGCUGUAGCACGCAGUCUUCUUUUAGUUGGCGGUAUUCACGGAGACGCCCCGAUCUCCUUUGAUGCAUUUCACGCCUUGUCGACUGACACCACAAAGGCAUGGUCGCUGGACUGGGAAAUAACACUGCUCUGGCGCACCCUUUUCUCGCAACUUCUGGCCCAUGCCGACGGUCACUUCGAUGACACUUCGUUGCUGCCUCUUGCUUCCCAGGCAAUCAACUUUCUUCAUCCUAUGUCACAGACCGGCAUGGAUCACCACCUACACCGGCCGAUGACUCUGACGUGCGUCUCAGACGGCUGUGCCGACGUCCUCCGGGCACUCACUUGGCCGUACCAGUCAAAGCUAGUUGUUGUCUACGGAGCCUGUUCCCACGGCCCGCAAAUCGGCCAGGCGGCCGCGUAUGUCAUCAUGACAUCGUCACCGUUGUGGUGCACCUAUAUGACCGGUGCUGUUGACGACUUUUAUGUCGACGACAAGCAUCUCCUGUUUGAACUGGCACCCAACCCUCGCGUGAUGCAAUAUUGCUCACCACCAAACACGGCCACAUUUUCCGAGAUUGUGGACGUGUCCUCGCCGGACAUUGUCACUUUUGGACACAAAAACGGUCGUGGCCUCUCCUUGAACUUCAGCACACGUCUGGUAACGUUAUCGUACGAGACAGAAGACCACACACAAAACCACGGCGGCUACGGCGAGAUACCCAUCGGCCCGCACCAAACACCUCCGGAUCCUUUACUUAUUCAAAAGUCAUGGACAUCAUCUGCACACAUCGAAAGAAUCGAGGUGUACAGUGGAACAACCGGAGUGUCAGUAGACCUUUGCAGCCAACGGCGGGUUGCUACAUAA